GGCGGGCUCUCGGGAUUUGAAAUCCAGCGUUGUGGUCUGUGUUGGAGAAGUGGAUGCGUAGCUCCUGUCUGUGGCUCUGCGGACGCGCGUGGGGCCCCUACCCGGGCCUCCGUGGGUCUGAGGCGCUGCGAGCCGAGCGGUAAUCACGGCCUCGUGCUGCUGCCCUCACUCAGGUUUUUCUGGACUCCUGAAGUUCUGUCUGGAAAUUUGUGUUGAUUGAAUUUUCUAUAAAAAGAAUUUUGGUGCCAUUGUCCUAUCAAGAUGAUUGUAACACCUUUGAAAGAUGCAGGAAUUCAUUUGUCUUCUGGGACAUUGCAAUGCAGUAUGCCUCAAAAUGCAGUCUUUAUUGACAUCAUCCCUUCAGACACACUUACUCCUGUGAAAGAUUUGGUGAAAUAUCAGAAGUCCCCUUCAGAAUGGAAUCAGUUAUUAGAAAUAACAACUUCUAACAGUAAAAAUAUAUUUCAGUCCACCAUGCUAUCAGUGGCUAGCCCUUCAAACAGCACUCUUGAUGUCAGUGUUACAAUGCCCAACAUGGAUAGAUUAAGAAAUGAAAUGAUUUAUGAAUCACCAGCAAAAAUAUUUCAGAGAAUGAAAGAGAAAGUACAGCGUGACAAACAGAAUGAACUAUCAAGGAACAGUAGCAUGUUGGGAUCACCAAAAUGGAAACAUAAAGUCCUUCCUCCUGACAGAGACAAGAAAACUCUGUUGCAAGAUACCUAUAUCUGUGAGGAAAAAGAAAAGUCAUUCCAAUCCAAUAACCUUUCAUUGGGAGAUCCUCCAGUUCUGAACCAAGAACAAACAAGUGUUUCAAUUUCAUGCAUUUCAAGGAAGGCAUUAACUAGAGCCCAGUUUAACAGGCAAGAUCUUCAUUCAAAAGAGAAUCCUGUUAAAACCACUGUGUCCAAAAAUAACACAUUUGUUUUGGAAGACAUUAAUUCUACUUAUGAAAAGAUCGAAAAUAUUGAUGUUGACACUAUUUGUGUUCCUAUUAAGAAUCAUAGCCAGUCUAUGAGUUCUUAUAAUGAUGUGACAGCAGAAAGGACUGCGAAAGAGGAUAUUACAGAACAAAAUGAAGAAACGAUGUCUAGGAGGACCUUUCUUCAAGAUCCCAUGAAGAAUACAUCUAAAAUGAAACGUUCAAGUCCAAGACUUGAUUUAACACUAUCUGGCCCGUCUCAAAAAAAACUUACAAAGUCUGAAACUAUUGUAAGUGAAGUAAAAAAAUAUCAGGUAGUCCAGCUACAAGAAUGGAUGAUUAAAGUCAUCAAUAAUAACACUGCUAUAUGUGUAGAAGGAAAGCUGGUAAAUAUGACUGAUGUUUAUUGGCAUAGUAAUAUAAUUAUAGAGCGGAUUAAACACAAUGAACUUAGGACCUUAUCAGGCAACAUUUAUAUUUUAAAUGGAGUGAUAGACCAUGUUUCCAUGAAAGAAGCAGGAUAUCCCAGUUACCUCACAAGGAAAUUUAUGUUUGGAUUCCCUCAAAAUUGGAAGAAACACAUUGAUAAAUUUCUAGAACAAUUAAGGGCUGGAGAAAAGAACAAGACUGGACAGAAAACUGCAAGAUUCCAAGAUAAACAGAAAUCAAUAAAAAAUGAUGCAGAAGAUAAACAAACAGAUGUCCUCCAGAAGGCCAGGAUCACUUAUGACCUUAUUGAUGACAGCUUAGAAAUGAAGAAAAAUGAGAACAGUGGGUUGCCAGGAGCUGCAGGAAUAAACAUCAGAUAUAAUAACAGUUGUCGAAAUAAGCCACAGUUAAGGCUCCUACGUAACCAAGAAUUAAUUGGAAAGAAAAAUUGCAGAAAAAUUCCUUCAGAAAGCUUUGAAAAUUGCGAAGAGAUCAAUGAAAAGAAAAUUCAAAAUCAGAAGCAAGAGAGAACUGAAAUAUUAAAUGUACCCAUUGAUUCCUUGAACUCACUGGAACAGUCUACCUCCCAAAACGAAAGAAGAUACCUGCCUGUCGGUCAGAAGAAAGUUCAUGUUUUAGUAACACCGCUUAGAACCACAAGGUCAAUAAAGCAAAGAUGUAUGGAGCACCAUCUCCGUAUUAAAGGAGUAACAGAUUUUUUCAAAACAAAGCAUCAAGAAGAAAGUGAUUCAGAGAUACAUAGAACUCCAAGUCCUACCAGUAAGUCCUUAGAGACCUUUGAACAUAGAGUGGAUUGUAAAGACAAUACCAAGGAGGACUACAAUGAAUGUGACAUAAUCACUGUCAAACAUAAUCAGAUCCGUUGUCUGCAAAGUAAACAAAUGCUCACCAAUGAUUUUAAGAAAAAGAACAAGCUGCCCUCGAAACUGCAGAAAACUGAAAAUCAAAUAGGUGUAUCACAGUAUAGCCAAUCUUCAUCAAGUGAAGAGAAUGAAGUAGAAAUUAAAAGUAAAACCAGAGCAAGAACUACAAAAGAAAGGCUGAAUCGGGAGAGAACAAACAUCACAAAAGAUAUCCUCCUUAUUUCAUACUCUAAAGGUGAGAGUGAUUCUUAUAUCACACCAAAGAGACCUAGAUCUGUUGCUAAAGAAUCACAUUACAAAUCUGGUGUUUGCAUGGAUUUUCUAAUUGAAGCUAAGGAAUCUGAUACAGCUAACAGGCAACAGUUAGACCAUCUACCUGGUGUAACUGAUGAUGGAGAAUGGAGUGAGCAAGAGUUACAGAAGCUUCAUCGUGCUUUUACAUCUCUUCCAAAGCACAAACCUGGCUUCUGGUCAGAUGUGGCUAUGGCAGUAGGUUCUCGAACUGCUGAUGAAUGCCAGAAGAAAUACACAGAAGAACCCCAAGGCAGAGGAUCCCGAAAACAUGUCUCUAAGAGAAAGCAAGCCAAUUUCAAGGUCCAAAAUGGUGAGGAAGAUAGUGCUGAUGACAAGAAGACUAUUAAGAUAACUGCCAGAGUGGGAACUCUUAAAAGGAAACGACAAAUGAGGGAUUAUCUGGAACACUUGCCAAAAGACAACCAUGAUGAUUUUUUCACUGAAACACCCUUGCAGAAAAAUAGAAUUAGGUUGCCAAGUUUUCAGUACAGUCAAGAUGAUGAUAUUCUGCUAGAUAUGGACAAGAAUCCAGCAUCUCCAUCACCAGUUACUUCGCCAUUGAGAAGCUAUACUCCGCAGUGUCAGCAUGUCAGUCCUGGUAUGCUAGCCUCUAUAAAAAGGAAUGAUUGUGAUAAAUAUGUUUACCACAUGCAAAAAAAUGCUAAAAAAUAUGGCAAGUGUAAUGGUAGCCUUGUCUGGGGCAACAUUAGGAAAAAAACAGUUGAAACUGAUCUCUCAUCUCCAACACCAACUCGAAAAGCUCUGUUUAAAAAAGGUUUAGGUGAAAACACUGAUAUUGCAAAGUAUUUCAUUGAUGAUACAGAAUCAGAUGAAGAAGAGAAAGAUUAUUACUUUUCCAAUUCUGACUGAUAGUAAGAUGAUUUGCAGGAAUUUUACCAUCAAGCAGAAUAAACUUCUUUGUAAUAAGGGAAUGCAGAUUUGUUUCCCAAAGAUGUCUUAUGUUUGUAUGCAAGGUAAAACACCUUAUAGAGCAUUCCUCAGAAUUACAACUUACAUCUAUUUUGCCUGUGUAUGCAUUUGUAAAUUUUGUUUGUAAUAUUAAAGUAUAUAAAGCUUAGUCUCUUGAAUAUCCAAGUCUGUUUACUUUAGUAAUCAUGUCUCAAGUAGAUUUUUAAAUAAAAAUUUAAAAGCCCUUAAAAGAGGAGAGGUAAGGGGCUGGAGUGUAGACUGGCGGAUACUAGACUGAAAUCUUUUAGAAUCAUGCAGCCUGGUAAUACAAGUCAGAGCUCCUUCUCUGUUUAAAUUAUGUCAUUCAAACUGUUUUACAUGGUUUUCUGUUUUACACACUUUUUCUUCUGAUAGUUUUUCUUAAAUUUUUUACUAUACAUGGAUCUGUCUGUGAGGCCUCUGUCUAGUUCAUUUCUGUAUUAUUUUAUACAUAAAAGGAACCAGAGGACGUGUUCUGCUGUCUUCUGCAGCUCUGCCAGAUAUAGUUGAUAGCUCCAUUUAUAGGAAUGGUGCUGCCAUAAUGAACAGGGUCUCCCUUCUGACAGCUUUAAAAGGUAACUUUCAUCCUGCCAUUGUUAUAACGUAUUGGCAUAAGUUAUUUGUCCUGUGGCUAUAGUAUGUAUUCAUCUACCCUUUGCAUCCAGUUAGACUGCUCAAAUAAAAAUGUAAAUUUGUGAAGUAUUUA